AAACCCCCCACCCCCCCCCCCCCCCCCCCCCCCUCUCCCCGAAGCCAUGGCCGUGGACAGAGACAAGCUUCAAGAAGAAUCUCCCAUGCUCCGUUUCUACAGAAUUGUUCUCGGUUGGGACUACUUCCGCCUCCUCAAGGAAUCAUACAAAAAUAAAGGAAACGUAGGUGAUGGAUCUUCUUUGGGGCUGAGGAAGGUGAAGGAUACUUACAAGGACGUUGAUGAUUAUGUCUCAACUUUUGAGCCACUCCUGUUCGAGGAAGUCAAAGCUCAGAUUACUCAGAAGAGAGAUGAAGAAGAGGUGGCAGAAUGGCAGCGCAGGCUGGUAGUGGAAUGCAAUGAGAUUGAUGGAUUUCACUUGCCUGCGGUCACUUAUGCGGCUGAGGAAGUAGAUGAGUCGAUAUCACAGAAUGAUCUUUUGCUUCUUUCAAAAGAAAAUUUCCAAGAUGGUACAAGACUUCCAACGACAUAUGCAUUUGCAUCGGUGGAGAAUUGCCAAAAUGAUCGUUUUAGACUUAGAAUGUAUUUAGCUGGAGAAGUUGAGCAUACCACUCCAGAUGUAGUUAAAUAUUCUCAGGGACUGUUAAGGAUGCGGGCUCUUAUUACUUCUCCGACUAGUGAAGUGGAUAAACUAUUUUACAGUCUAAAGAUCUGCAGUUUAUCAACGAUUGCUCGUGAAUAUGCAGCUCUAUGGUCGAUCCGCAAUCUCCCUUUUAAGGAUUUAAUAUUAUCGGCUGCUGAAAAAAAUCUAGGUUCUGAAAACCAGGCCUGGAAAAUUUCUAAAUCUCUGGAGGAAUAUAUAAGAUACAAUCAUAAUGAAACCCAACAAGAGGCCAUACAGGCUGGUCUAGCACGUAAAGCUUUUGUUUUGAUACAGGGCCCCCCAGGAACAGGAAAAACAAAGACUAUUCUUGGGCUUCUAAGUGCCAUUUUGCAUGCAUCUCCAGCAAGGGGGCUCUCAAAGGGUGAAUUGCGUGAAAUAAAGCGUGGGCCAGAAUUACCUGUUCAUGAAAAGUACAAUCACUGGGCGCGAGCUUCUCCUUGGCUAACUGGUAGUAAUCCUAGGGAUAACAUAAUGCCCAUUGAUGGUGAUGAUGGGUUUUUUCCUACCACCGGAAAUGAGUUGAAGCCAGAAGUAGUCAAUUCCAGUCGUAAAUAUCGAGUGCGUGUGCUGGUAUGCGCUCCAUCAAACUCUGCACUUGAUGAGAUUGUCUUGCGUGUUUUAAACACUGGUAUUCGUGAUGAAAAUGACCAUGCAUAUAAUCCUAAAAUUGUGCGGAUCGGUCUUAAGGAGCAUCACUCCGUUCGGGCAGUCUCCAUGGAUUACCUUGUGAAACAAAAGCAGGAAAGCAUGAAUGCUGAUAAAGAGAAACAUGGAGUUCCAGGGAGAGAUAAAGACAGGAUCCGUGCUGCAAUCUUGGAUGAGUCUGUGAUCGUCUUCUCCACCCUUAGCUUCAGUGGUUCAACACUUUUCAGUAAAUGGAAUCGUGGUUUUGAUGUUGUUAUAAUAGAUGAAGCAGCACAAGCUGUGGAACCAGCAACUCUUAUUCCUUUGGCCAAUGGAUGCAAACAAGUUUUUCUGGUUGGCGAUCCAGUUCAACUGCCAGCAACUGUGAUUUCUCCCAUUGCCGAGAAAUUUGGAUAUGGGACAAGUUUGUUCAAGCGAUUUCAAAGGGCUGGUUAUCCUGUUACAAUGCUGAAGACGCAGUACCGAAUGCAUCCAGAGAUUAGAAGCUUUCCCUCAAGGGAGUUCUAUGCGCAGUCAUUGGAGGAUGGGCCUAAUAUCGAAGUGCUUACAAGUCGGGCCUGGCAUGAAUACCACUGCUUUGGUCCAUUUUGCUUCUUUGAUUUACAUGAAGGGAAAGAAUCCAAACUCUCAGGAAGUGAGUCUUGGGUAAAUGUUGAUGAGGCUGAGUUUGUUCUCCUCAUGUACCAUAAGUUGGUGAGUAUGUAUCCCGAACUGAAAACGAGUGCUCAGUUCGCAAUCAUAUCCCCCUAUAGCCAACAAGUAAAGCUCCUCAAGGACCGCUUUAAGACUACUUUUGGAGUCGACUCAAAUAAAGUAGUUGAUAUUACUACUGUCGAUGGCUGCCAGGGACGUGAAAAGGAUGUUGCAAUAUUUUCAUGUGUUAGGGCGAGCCAAGAUAAAAGCAUUGGAUUUCUGGCUGAUUUUCGGCGAAUGAAUGUCGGGAUCACCAGAGCAAAGUCUUCUGUCCUGGUGGUAGGGUCUUCAUCAACAUUGAGGAGGGAUGAGCACUGGAAUAACCUAGUGGAAAGUGCAGAGAAGAGAGAUUGUUGUAUUAAGGUUUCUAAGCCCUAUACCUCAUUUUUCACUGAUGAAAGCUUGGAUUCUAUGAGAGCCGAACCCUCGUAUGGAGAGACGGGACAGCAGGAUGAGGUGGAUAAUAAUGCACCCCUUCCUGACAAUCACGGUGAUGCUGACCACGGACAGGCUGAUGACCAUGACUUCGGAGAUGGGGACAUGGACAUGGAUGAUGGAGGAUUUGAGGAGGAGUAAAGUUCAAAUAUAGUACUGGAAGAUCUGUUGGCUUGGCGCGCACACAACAAUGUUCAUCCGAAAAUCACUUAAAUUUCGCAAUUUCAGCCCAGCUACAAUUUUUGGUGUAUUUUUAUCAAAUGUUUAUUCAAUUGAAUUUUUAUGUGUAUUUUUGCAUGAAAAUGCAAUACCAAAAGCUACGAAGAUUCGUAA